CUGUGUCUCGGGCGGCGGCGGCGGCGGCGGCGGCGGCGGCGGCGGCGGCGGCGGCGGCGGAGGAGGAGGAGGGGGGAUGCCGCGGCAGGGCGGGCUGGCUGUGUCGCCGCCGCACCGGCGAGGCGGGGCGGGGCUGUCCGACCUUAUCUUCCGCGCGGUGUGCGCCUCCACGGCCCGCAAGGGCGUGUCCCUGACCGCCAUCAAGAAGGCGCUGUCGGCCGACGGCUACAACGUGAAGAAGAACAAGGGGCGCAUCAAGGCGGCGGUCACCGCCCUUGUCACCAAGGGCCUCCUGCAGCGGGUGACGGGCAGCGGCGCCUCCGGCUCCUUCCGCAUGGGCAGGAUGCCGAAGGAGAGCCCCGCCCGCCCGGCCGCGGCGGCGGCCAAGAGCCGCAGAGCGAGCGCGGCCCGGAGGAAGGAGACGAAGUCCCGGGGGAAGCAGGCGGCGGCGGGGAAGGGCUCCGGCAGGGGCAAUAAACGGGGCGCUAAAACACCCAAAAAGCCGGCGGCCAGAGCCCGGCGAAAAGCCGCGGGCAGGAAGCGGCAGUAAAAUCCGUGCCGCGCUUACUUACAAACCCAAAGGCUCUUUUAAGAGCCACCACGUGCUCGGUGGAGGAGCGGAUACACUGCGGGGGGUGGUUCCCUGACAGCCGCCUGUCACACUAGCAGAGCCCCGGGCAGUUGCUCUGCUCCCAGCCCCUCCCGGGCUCCAGUUGUCCCUCCCCCAGCCUGGCUCCCGGCUGGGAGACGUGUGACUGCAGCGAGAGCCUGGCUCCCAGCCCCUGCCGCUGAUACCAGCUAGGUCUCAUGCCCCCUUUUCGAGGUCAGCAGCCUAUAGCAGAAUCCUGCCCGCAAAUGAAGUUGGAUCUGACCAGGAGCUGCCCCAGAGAGCGCCCUCUUCCCCUGUCCUCUCAUGUCGGUGCUUAGUGCUUCACUCCCUGCAGAGGCACCGGCCUCUGCAGUGAGGAAAGAGCAGGCCGGCCAU